CUCCUGUUCCCAACUUGAACAAUUGUGUGCACCUCCAGCCUCAAGGCCAACAACAACAACUCCACAAGGCGGACAGUACCUUGUAGAACAAGCCCACGACCAACACCGAACCCGAGAACACGCCGUAGCGUGCAUCGAGUGAACGCGAACUUCCAAGCUCCUUCCCAGCUCCCACCCACCGCACCUUCCUUCGCCAUGCCCGCCGCCCGCUCGCGCUCCCGCAGCACGUCAAAGGCUGCAUCCAGGCCAAGCAACGGCCACUCGUCGCGUAGCAAGCCGGCGGCAUCGCCUAUCAACGUCGACUCGGGCGAGGAGGAGGUCGAGGCCGUCGACGUUGUCGAGGAGGACGAGGAAGACGACUCGGAGGGAGGAGAGGACGAGUACGAGGUGCAGGCUGUGCUGGAUCACAAGUUCAAGAAGGGAAAAUACGAGUACCUUGUCGCUUGGAAGGGAUACGGACCCGAGCACAACACCUGGGAACCGCAGGACAACGUCGAGCACGCCGAGGACCUCGUCAAGUCCUAUUGGGAGAAGCAGCCCAAGGAGACGGCGGGCAACGUGCGUAAGCGCGGCCGCCCGUCGGCAGCCGAUGCGGCGUCGUCGCCCAAGCCCAAGAAGGGACGGCCAGAGAGCGCCUCCAACGCCAACACGCGCGCCGAUACCGCCUCCGUGUCGGACGACGACGUGACGGAUUACCACCAGACGCACAUCGACAGCGUUGAGAAGUACAUGGACAUCCCGGACUGGGAGGACUUGGUGAAGAGCAUCGACACUGUCGAGAGGACCUCGGACGGCCAGUUGAUGGUGUUCUUGACGAUGAAGGACGGCGCGCAGCUCGGACAGACGACAUCACUGGUCAACAAGCGCUGCCCGCAGCAGAUUAUCAAGUUCUACGAGACGCACCUCAAGUUCGUGCCCAUGACCGUACCAAGCUGACAACAAGGUGGAGGACAGCAUGAGGGGGUGUGAUAUCAGCAGAGCGAGCGAGCCUGGACCAUGCAGCAGCAGCCGUGCAGCAGUGUUUACACGACCAGACCAGAUCAGACCAGAUUGGAUGGCAGUGACG